UGAUGGGACCCACCCGAAGGGCUCGUAGAAUGGGCCCGGCAGUAAAAGUUGCACGGCAAUAAUGCUGUAUCCAAUGUUGAAUCCGUUUCACGUCACGCUAACGCGCUCCCUCUCUCUCGGUCGCUCUUGCAGGGACGGUGUAACCGCGAGAAGCCCCCAUGCAAAUACUUCCACCCCCCACAGCACCUGAAGGACCAGCUGCUGAUAAACGGACGCAACCACCUGGCGCUCAAGAAUGCCCUCAUGCAGCAGAUGGGCCUGUCCCCCGGGCAGCCCAUGGUGGCCGGUCAAGUUCAAACAGUCGUGAGUAAUCCGAGGGCCACAAAUCCUUAUUUGACGAGCAUGCCCCAAGUGGGUGGCACGUUCAGUCCAUACUUCACACAUGCAGGGCCCAUCAUGCCAGCCAUCAUGGGCCCAGACCCUUCAGGAGUUACGUCACCUCUUGGCAUGGUGCAGCAGACGGUUGUGACACAGCAGAAAAUGCCACGUUCAGACCGCCUUGAGGUGAGGAUCUUUUGUUGUUGUCCCUAAUUAUAUAUUUUCCGA